AUGUCGGGCCUUCUCCCUCGGGACCACUUUGCGUCUCGGCGCAGCGGCUCUCACGCCGCACCACCAGUCUCCUAUCGCGACCCUUCCAACAGGGGCCGCGAUCCCUACACCACACCUCCACCCUCGCGGUAUGCCUCUGCCCACUCUUCGCGGCAGAGCUCCACCUCACCGUUCGACAUGGCGAGAACGGGCCUAUCAUCGCGCUCCGGCUCCCAAUCGUUCGUGCACGAAGCCGAGAAUAUGACGAAUCCUUUCGUCUCUUCUUCUUCCAGCACAUCCAGCUCUUCUCGCUAUCCCAGCACGUCUAGCUCAUCCCGCCAUCUCAGUGCUUCAACGUCUUCUCGUUACCCUAGCACCUCUUCCAGCGACUGGGAUCGCCGCUCACAGGCAGCUGCCCGCGACCCCUAUCACGUGUCAAGCAACUGGGGCAGCCAGCCAUCAAGCCGUUCAUCCUCCGCGGAUUGGAAUCGCCCACCGCAUUACGACUCCGAUCGUACCCCGCGAGCUAGCAUCAGCUCCAACCGUUACUCCAGCACCUCCAGCUCUCACCCUGCCUACACUGACCCAGCGUACAUCGGGCCGGGUUGGAGCGAGCAUCCCUCGUCCAGCAGGUCGUCUAUUCAGUCCUCUAGGCUUCCAUCCAUCCAGGAGGCUCCCGGGUACCUCCCCGACCGUCGCACUUCCUUCUUCGAGCGCCGCAAUCCCUCUGUCGACCUCUACAGCUCGCGGUACCAGUCCGAGUCCUCUCGUCGACUUUGA